CGUUUAUACCCACAUCUCACUUUUAUUUUUCAAUCAAGCCUCUCAAUUCGGUGAUACACAAUACAAAAAAAAAAUCAUUUUUCCUCCACCUCCACUUUCAUAAUACCCCGAAUGUACACCGCGUCGUUCAACUCAGAUUCCGAAUAUUUGCGUAGAUAAACUUGAUAAGCCUUUGAUUGCCACCUCCCCAAUCAAACUAUUUCAUCCAGUGGCUGGUUAUCAUUCCAAUUCAGGUUGAACUUUUUGCUUUUAUCCCAGUAUGAGAAUAUUGGGGUAUGGACUGAAGCAAGCUCUACGGCAACCGUCAAGGCUAUUCGUUCAACAUGGGUGCCUUUCGAUAAUUCUUUUGCCAGCUCUACCAAAUGACGCGGAAAUGGAAGACUAUGAAACAAAUUCCAAGACCUGAUACCGGUUAUAUAUUUAAUUUACAUUAUACUGUCUUCCUGCCCACACUACAAACUCCCACAGCAUAUCUUGAGUCAAAGGAAGCUGCGUCCAACUUCCUCCUAGCAUACAACUUUUAAAGGCAUUUCCUUUCCAAUCAAUUUCACUAAAUGGUAAUAACAUUUCAAUUGGUCGAACGUCAGAUCCCACAUAGGUCAGUCCGAGAACACAAAAAAAAUAAUCAAGGUCGAGUCCGUUAAAUCUAUUGGUAACUUUAUCGAAACUUCUAAGUGAUCUGUCCCAAUAUCUUUAAGUCCUUGUGAUAAUCAAUCAGCCUUAUUAUCGCCCGAUGUCACUCUCUCUACUUUGAUAUCACACACUAAAUCGCUUCUGUUGUAGUGUUAUCGGAGUAAACGACGAAUCAGCGGUUUUUGGUGGGGAAGAGUCGCUCGAUCAUGUCCAAUCUCUUCGGGUUGAACAUCCGGCGUAAUCAUCAAUCUGUCAAAUCCCUUCAGAGCAUCUCGCCAAUCCUCCAACUCCGAUCUCGCUCCUUCUGGUAAAUCUCGAAGAGCACUAUGGUCAUACCAAGAUUUAUCAAAUCAAUAUAAAUUCCACAAUCCCACAACCAGCAACUCCUCCAAACGGAAUCCAAGUAUCGAUCCAAAUAUUUCCUUUGAAAUCUGUAAUCAUAAGAAAAUGCCAUUGUGAAAUUCUUGAAAUAUUCUUGUACCACCUUAAAGUCAUUCCAGGUUGUUUCGAAGUCUGACUUAUCUACGAACAAAUUUACUGAAG